GACUUUGCCAGUCCUCAUCGCGCUAUUGCACCGCCGAUACAAGUUACGGUGAAUUACAGGUAUCAUCGGGAUCCUGAACAACUAGUUCCAAUGGAGAACAAGGAUGGAUGUAAACCACAGCAUAAUGCGCCGUUCGACUCUCACAUCUACUCGCGCUAUACAGCGCCAAAUUCCACCCGCUUCGAGACUGUGUUGCACAAUCUGUUUGGUGGUGCUGGUUGUGUGACAUACGCCAGUGGACCUGCAUCCUUUCACGCCAUCAUGGUCCUCCUGACACCGAAGCGAAUCUUUCUUGGAGAGGGAUAUCAUGGAAUUCACAGAAGCAUCACCCUCCAGCACCGAGUCACUGGUGUUGAACAGCUGACACUCGACUACCUUGGCCAACUUGGGCCUGGAGACCUGCUUCACAUUGAGACACCGCAAAAUCCUACAGGUGAAGCUCGUAAUCUUGAAUACUACGUUGCCAUAGCUCGCAAAGCCGGAGCAUAUGUAUCUGUUGAUGCAACUUUCGCACCGCCACCUUUACAAGAUCCACUCCAGUUCGGUGUUGAUAUUGUAAUGCAUAGCGGCACCAAGUAUAUCGGAGGACAUUCCGACAUGCUUUGCGGCGUAUUGGUGGUUAGCAAGCACCGACAGGAGUGGAUGGAAACUUUGUACCAGGAUCGCCGCGUUAUGGGAUCUGUUAUGGGCAGCUUUGAGGGUUGGCUCGGCAUUCGGUCCCUCCGAACUCUUCACCUCCGGGUCAUCAAGCAAUCGCAAACUGCUGAGAAGCUCGUGACCUGGUUACACGAGGAGCUUAAGAGCCCGGAAUCUCUGGUUGGGAAAAUGGUUGACAGGGUACAACAUGCUUCGCUGCAGGAGGCUGACCUCAACGAUGGAUGGCUUAGUAGACAGAUGCCUGGUGGCUUUGGCCCUGUCUUCUCUAUCUGGAUGAAAAGGGAGGAGCAUGCGCAGCGAUUGCCUAGCAGGUUAUUUAUCUUUCAACAUGCCACAAGUCUCGGUGGAGUGGAGAGCUUGAUGGAAUGGCGCGCGAUGAGUGACAAAGGCCGCGACCCAAGGCUCAUGCGAGUUAGUUGUGGUGUGGAAGAUGUCGAAGAUAUGAAGCAGGACAUAUUGCAGGCUUUUGAGUCGCUUUCACGCGACUUUCCCUGA